AUGGGGGGGCGCGGAGCGGACGCCGGAAGUGGCGGUGGUACGGGUCCCACCGAGGGGUACUCCCCGCCGGCGGCGUCCACCCGAGCGGCGGCGAGAGCCAAGGCCCGAGGCGGUGGGCGUGGCGGCCGCCGGGACCCCGCAGCCUCUGUUCCCUCACCCCGCGGGGCGGCGUCGCGUCGCUCCCCUCCACCGGCUGCCAUGAGCGAGCGCCUCCGCCCCAGGAAAAGGAGAAGGAACGGCAAUGAGGACGACCACCACCUCCCCCCGCAGACCAAAAGGAGCAGCAGAAACCCCGUCUUUCACGACUCCUGGGACACAGAGGGUCUGACUCAUAUCCAGUGUUUUGCAGAAGUCCAGAGUCACUCCUCCGAAGGGGAAAAUUCAGUAACUCUCAUGAGGACAGUACCGGUAACGAAAAACAGUAAAGAAAACAGACUAAGAGGAAACAGAGUGCUCUGCGCGUCGUCAAGCAGCGACAGUGGCGGGAGCAGCAGCAGCAGCAGCAGCAGCAUCAACAGCCCGGACAGGGCCAGUGGGCCAGAAAGCAGCUUAAACCAGAUUGUCGCCGCAUCCAGCCCCAACACCCCUCAACCCGUGCCCGAGCAGUCUGCACUAUGCCAAGGCCCUUACUUCCACAUCAACCAGACCCUGAAGGAGGCCCACUUUCAUAGCCUACAGCACCGAGGACGGCCUCCAACAUGACACGCUGGCAGCUUCUUGCCUUCUGUGAAGGGACAGCGCUGUGCAGAUUUGAUACUUCAACUUACAAUGUUUUAAAAAAUUGCACAAAAAAAAUGCCUGUUGGCUUUUCAGUCUAUAUUUGAAAUAACAGGUUAACAGGCAGUUGUUUACUUGUGGUUUUGCUGCACUAUUGCAAUUUCAAAGGGGCUUUGAAGCAAUUUUUUAUAGGAUUCUUUUAAGGGUGGGUAUCAAAUCCAUGUCAAGGUAAUGGUAAGAGGAAAUCUCAUCUGUGUGUUGAAUUCAUAGUUUGUCCAAUCCAGAUUGAUUUUCGAAUCUGUCAAUUAGAAAUUCUACUUUAUGUAAAAGGGCCUUUUAAAAAUGCGGGAUCUUCAAUUUUUUAAAAUUCAAUAAACUAGUAAAGAGUAUCUAGUUUCCAUGAAAAAACAUAAGUUUUUUUCCAAAAUAUAGAAAGCUUGAUUCAGUCUUGCACUGAAAUUAACUGCCAUACUACCUCUUAGUAUGUAGACAUCUGUUGCAAGUCCUCGCUCUGUGACAGGGAACAGUCAGACCCACGCCGGACUGUGCAAGUGAAGCACCUUCCCUAAUAACCGCCUUCGCUCUGUCACGUACGUGUAUUUCCAGAGAGAAUGUCUUUCAGACUCUUGUGUGCCACGUAACCUGUGCUAUGUCGUUCCUCCAGAGCCUACAUCUCAGACUCGGGAGACAGUGCUGAGUUACAGAAGUCCAGAAUUACCCAGUGACUUUGGUUUUACUCACAAACUUAACGAUACCAGCAGCUUCUGUGAUCCCCUUGAUAACCCCACCGGGGUGUGCUGAGACCCAGGCGUGGAUGGAUGCCGGCACAGCGCAGGUUUGAAUGAUGGCUGCGUCUCAAGUAUUGUGAAAUGACUGGACAAGGAUUGACCUGACGUGUAAAGUGACCAGGGGGCUGUGUUCUACCAUGGAAACCGAAAAGACUGCUGUGGCUUAGAGACAAAUGAUUAAAGCCCCUCUGGGAGAAAUAACAGAGUUUAUUCAGAGAGAGACGGCUAUGCGCCCAUGUCAUUUAGUCAUACUAGAGAGCCAACCGAGUUUAAAUAAUGAAGGUGUAGACGCGUCCUCAUCUUCACUGACAAACUGUCUGAACAAGGAGCCAGGAUCUGCUCGGGAUGGUUCCGGGGGGAUGACCUGCCGUUGCAUGUAGAGGAAAGUGCCUUAGAGUCGAGCCGAGUGCCCCCGCCGCGCUGCCCGCCCCUCCACGCCACUCGGUCCAGCCAGCACACCAAGCCCGUCUGAGGCAGCACAGAGCGCUAGUGAGGAAACUGCUCUUUGCCAAGGCUUGAAAAGGACAUGGGACAGAACUGAACUUGGAAGGUGAGGACUGUCAGAGGAAAGAGGUAGACAUCCUGCUGCCUCCUUUUCCAUGGUUGCUUCCUCUACUGUGAAUGAAAAAGGCAGUUACUCCACGUAGCGAUGGAGACUCGCGAGGGCAAGCUGCAGCACAGGCCCAUGCUUGCGGAGUGGGGGGUUCGUGCAAGAACUUGUCAGUACCAUCUCCCAAGCUUAAAACCAGAUGUUUGACAAGGAUUUUGGAUCUUAAUGGGUGUGAUGGCAGGAGGUGGGAAGGACACACUGCUAAUGCUUGGUCUACCCGUAAAGCAAACCACAACUAAAUGCUGUAAGAAGACGGGCCGUUGGAACUCUCAAAUGACACACACACACACAACACGACUCAGAAAUACCCAGGACUCCUGCAGGCUACUGGAUGGCAGCCGACUGAAACAAAAUGUGCAUUGACAAGAAAAUGUAAAACUUGAGACAGCAAAUUUCCUUUUCCCCCCACCCAAGAAGAAGAAGAAACCAGCACCGAAACAGACUCUUUUUCCAAAUAAGUACAACCACAGUGCUGGGGUUAGCGGUUCACCCUUUUCCCCUACUAAGAACAAGAGAUCAUCUCCAUCCUGUCCUGCUCAUUUUCUACAGCUUGGCAGCCCGAGAUGCGUUUCUGUUGGGAGGCUACCUGAUAGUGUAAAUGGGCAUCUCGAUCUAGGACUUCUAUUAGCUCAAGCUAGUAAAACCUUGUACUUCUGUAUUGCGCCGCCAUUAAAAGCAGCAUUAGUGCAUUGUCAUUCGAUGCUUAUCAGUUAUUUAGAGGGUGCGGACGGGUGCUUUGGGGAGUAGGGAACAGGACCCACAGGGAUGAAUCUCGCAGUCUCACUAACCUGGGCUUUCGUUUCGAUGCUUCUGGUUAACUUAGCCUUCCGGGAGCUGGUCAUGCUCAGUGGAAGAAGUCCAAACCUCCAAGACAAAGACGAAGGAGUUUCAGUAGCACGAACAGGAACCUUCAGGGCCUACCGAAAAGCCCUUAGCCUCAUUACCUGAUCUGACUCGAUGCCAGCGGCAGGAUGUUAUGGGGUUCCUGGGAGUUGAACACACUGCUCCUGGGGGUGAACUGGUUCUCCGUACCGCUGACCAGGCCCAACAGAACCUGACAGAUCAGAAAAUCAUUUCGGUUAGUCACUGCUUUGCGUCUAACCUUCCCUUUGGGGAGUGUUUACUUGAGGAAGUCAGUACUUCAAAAUUACUUUUCUCUCUACCCAAGUCAGAAUCUCAGUCAUAGCUUUUCUUAUCCUUCUUUCUGUGGCCUUGAUCCUCUCCAUCACCCGAGGAGUCAGAUCCUGGCUGUCUGAGCACAUGAGAUUUUAUCUGAUCCCCUUUUAGCCCUUAGAACUAAACCGGGCCGCUGGUGUCUCCGCCCCUCCUGGCACUGCCUCCUGCAGCCUGCAGUGCUGGGCAGGUUGACUGUACCUUGAGCCCUUCACUGACACCGUGCGCGCCCCCAUUUACCGAAGUUCGCUGCACCAGGCGGUUAAGGUUGCUGUUGAGGUGGGGUGUGAAGACAUCCAGGUCAAAGGGAUCAAUGAGUGCUUCUAAGUAGUCAGCCACUUUCUCAAUUCUGGAAAAGGGUCAGGGCGAGUCACAUUUUUUAGGACAAAGCUCAACCUUAGGGAAUUUUAACGCUUUAGAAAUCCUGGAGUUGGGUUUAUUCUCCUAAACUGUUUGCUGACUGAGCAUAUCCUGUCACUGAUCACGGUGCAUAGUUGUCCUCAAGCACUCCGACCUGAAGGGGUAGCUUAGUUAAGUCCAUUCCUCCCCACACAUUGUUUCCAGAAGUAGCUCAAAUGACACCCAGUAGCUGCGGGGCUGACUGAGAAGAGAGGACGGAGUCACCCGCUGUGCUCGAUCACGGUAUGUGUCCGGCAGGCGGCCACUGCUGGUGUGGUCAUCUAGCAGAACGUUUAAAACAAACCACUAACGGGAGGUCAGAGGCUGGCUCUGCAGCGCCCAGAAAAGGGGCUCCUUGCAUUUAGAAGAGUCUGCACUGGGGGAGCCCGGAGAGUGAUGGUACCUGGAGUCCUGUUUGCUUCGGCCGCUUUUCACCUCCUCAGCCUUGGCUGUCAGGACAAUGUUGAGGUAACGCAGAUCAUAAAGCAGCUGCAGGGCGCGGUUCUGGGUAAUUGGAAAUGCACCUUCUCUCUGCAAAUGAAUUCCCAGUCCCGCCCAUUGUUAUACAGGAGAUAACUUGUUAUAUGAGCCUAACAGCUCAGGUUUGGGUUGCAUUACAGCUUGUUAUUUCAGAGGGAGGUAGAAGCUUUCAUAUUCCUAAGGCCAGUUAGAUCUCACAACAAGAAACAGGUUAUAUUAGAAACUGGGUGUUAAACGAGACUGAUAGCCUAACAGGAAAGAGACCUGGCCCUUUGAAGCAGCUCGGGAUGCUGUAAGUGGUCAUUUUAAAGGAAAA